UAAGGCAGAAGUUGGCGAGAAAAGAGGAAAUGCAAGAAGCCGUCUAACGGAAGUGGUACUGCCCUGAGAUAUACGCCGAGCGCGACGGGAGGACGGAGGCAUUAAAACGACUAACAGAGAGUUGAGAAUAAUCAGGAUUAAAAGUCGCCUAUAUUAAAAUGGAUAAGAACGACCUGGUACAAAAUGCCAAGCUUGCUGAGCAGGCUGAGCGCUAUGACGAUAUGGCUGCAGCCAUGAAGAGUGUGACAGAGCAAAGUACGGAGCUGUCAAAUGAGGAGCGCAACCUUCUCUCUGUUGCCUACAAGAAUGUGGUUGGGGCGCGCCGCUCCUCCUGGCGCGUCAUCUCCAGCAUUGAGCAGAAGAUUGAAGGCAAUGACAAGAAGAAGCAGAUGGCGCGUGAAUAUCGGGAGAAGAUCGAAUCUGAGCUGCAGGAAAUCUGCCACGAUGUGCUUGGCCUACUGGACAAGUACCUCAUUGUCAAUGCAGGUAGCUCUGAAGGCAAAGUGUUUUAUCUGAAAAUGAAGGGCGACUAUUAUAGAUACCUGUCUGAGGUCGCAUCUGGGGACGCUAAGAAGGAUACAGUGGAUAAUUCUCAGCAAGCGUACCAGCAAGCUUUUGACAUUAGCAAGGGGGAUAUGCAGCCAACACACCCAAUUCGGCUUGGCCUGGCACUCAACUUCUCUGUUUUCUACUAUGAGAUCCAGAACAACCCAGAAAAGGCCUGCAGUCUGGCAAAGACGGCAUUUGAUGAAGCCAUCGCUGAGCUUGACACUUUGAACGAGGACUCUUACAAAGACAGCACCCUGAUCAUGCAGUUACUAAGGGACAACUUGACUCUGUGGACAUCAGAAAACCAGGGAGAUGAGGGGGAGACCGGAGAAGGGGAAAACUAAUGGAACUGCACUGUUAAUCCACCUACACUCUUAUCUUAAAACACAGACAGCUUAUAUACAUCCCCCCUUUCCUCCCUCCACUCCAUCAGCCCCUCCCUCUUCUGUAUGACAAGCAGCCUGAAUUGCUCCUGACCAACUAGUUUACCCCUCUCAGUUCACUGUGAGGUGACAGGGUCAUUUUCAGUUGUUAGUACCUUCAGUCACUUUGUAGAAACUCGUAUUGUUUUCGUUAGCUUUGUGUGUGCGUCUGCACGUUUGUGUGGCGUGAGCGAGUGAGAGUGUAAAAGAUAUUUUGUGUGUGCGCGCACUUGUGUGAGAGAGAUCUUGGGGGGGGGGAGGUGUUGUGAAUUUUAAUACGCCCUCCAAAUUCCUUUGUCCCAGCUAGUUUGUGGCGCACCCCCCCCCCCUUUCCUUUUUUUGUGUUACUUUUAUUAUUGUGAUUCAACAUGGUAUUUACAGGUUUUAUUCUAUGGGAUUUAUUGUAUGGUAAUUAAACUGGCAAACACUGUGAUGGUACGUGUUCCAUUUGUUUCACAACCCAAAAGCAGUUUGUGUUUCGACUUUUUUUCCCGGAAACGUACAAUCCUCUAUUCGAUUUACUGCAAUUCUGCUGUGGGCUCAUACAGAAAGGAGGCAGGCUGUAUUGUGACACUGACAUCUGAGUGUAAUGCGCCUCGAUCAUGUUCAUUAACUUACAAGGGACCCCUCGAGUUUCAUAUUUCAAGGCUCCCAGAAAGUCAUUUUGCCUUUUUCCGGCUUUUACAAACUGAAAUGUAGGUUUAUCUGGUAUUUUGACUCCGUGUUUAAGAAGUGUAACGUUACUGCGGACUAUUUUGCAAGAUUGACUAUCAUCUGUAUGUAAUAUCUGAAGUAAACUUAACUUUUUUUUCUUUUUUUUUUUGAAUGAUUGAAUGAUUUCUUGUAUGAAGCUAGCUUGCUAAAUAUCUCACGCAAAGUGCUAGUUUUCUCUGGCUUAUGUCCAUUUUUUUUCCAUUUUACAAUUGGCAUCGACAAAUUCGUAUGAGUUAAUUCGAACUAAUAAAGGGUUGAAUUCUGAUUGAAUGACUCCUAAAUUGCUUCCUGAAUCAUAUCAAGGUGCCAUUUCAUCUCAUUUGAGGAGCUCAGUGUCACAAUACCGUGUAUCACCACUACAUUCCAUAUAUUGUAGUUGAAGACACCAUUCCACGUUAUUAUGCUGUUUCUUCUGACGAUGCUCCAAGGAAUUGAAAUGUUUUGUUCAUUAAAAAAAAAGAAAAAAAAAGUCCAUUUAAUUCUGCUUGAUGAAAAUGCCGUUAGUGAAUGUGGAACGAAGCCUGUCUGUAUAUCUGGUAUUUACUUGCUUUGUUUUUACUGACAAGUCUUAUGGCUAAAAAUUGCUUCUGUAACAGUCUAUUACCCAGUGCACACACGUGGUUGUGAAAAUUUAGAAUA